AUGGAACAGCUGUUGACAUCGAAGACAUCGUUGAUAAAGUCGCUGCUAUUGAAGGGAUGGCGGGAGCGGUGGUCGGAUGUCUUGUGGGGCAUAAACAUCAAGCGAGUGCUGCCGAGGGGUGUGUCGGGCGAUGUCUACGAUCUCGCCGACUGUAUCUUAGAGCAGGCGCUGAUCGCCCCGACACCCAACCACCUCUUCAUGUCGUACCUCAACCACUGUAUCAGCUCUCAGAUGGUGUCCUACGGGUCGGUGUUGUCAUCGGUGGCCAAAUACCAGGACUGGUCUAAACCCCAAUGCGUUCACUAUCUCAUUGAGUUUGUCAUCAAAUACAAGGACCGCAUCUCAUGUCACGGCAACGAAGAGGAGUGCAUCGGUCUCUGCAAAGCCGUUGUGUCCAUUCUGUUGUGGCUUCAGUUGGCGCUCAACCAGUCGUUGGCCAAACUUCAAGAGUCCAAACAACAGCCAAACGCCGCACAACAGCAGACAAACAUGCAAUCGUUGCACACGUCGGACACGACUCAGUUCGUGGCCAUCAUCGAGAGGUGCGCCGAGUUCUUGACGUUUAUGUCUUCGUCGCCAUUCCUCAAAGCCUUGCUAUACGUCGGCAAACUGGAGGACAGCCACACAUUCGCGCAGUUCCUUCAGAUACAGGCCGACAACGACACCAAACUCUCGAUGGCCUACAAUCUGCUCUCCAAUCGGGAGCCGAUCGACGCUAUAAUGAGUUUCAAACAGCGGGUCGAGUGGUUUGAGAGCAGCCCCGCGAUAGUGGCCUCCAAACUGUUGACCACUUCAUCCGACUUCCGGUCAUCGAAGCCCACAUCCUAUGCCUCUCUCAACACAAUCAUAGCCUUCGAUGCGGUUCUAAACCCGGCGUCGGAUAUACAGGUCUGCGUCUCACAGGUGCUGAUGAUUGCAAAGUUUAACGACAUCUCGGCGUCAGACCUGUACUGCGAGAUCAUCCGCUCGUGUCUCGUAGGUCUGGUGGACGCCAGCGGUUCCCUCGAAGAUCCCAAACACAACUCUUAUCUCAACUCUUGGGCCGCUUUUCUAUUCCUCAAAGUUCCGCAACUGUUCGCGAAAUUGAAUUCAUUAAAUGCGUUGAAAUCGCAAAACAAUUACAACAACAAUAAUAACGGCGACUCUUCCGCCGCCCCAGCGAUCAGUGAUCUGGAGUUGGGUUUAGAGAAACUGUUGUCAUAUUCACCACUACUGGAUCUGACGGACAGUAAAUCCAACUGCGAUUGCCUUCAGUGUCUGCUCAACGAGUUGUCUAAAGCGGAACUGAUUACCGGCGCCAAAGUGGAGAAGAUAAUGGCUAAGCGCAAGAGCGAGAACCAGUCGUAUCGCAAUCUCCCGCGUACUGACCAGCAGUCGUCCACACAGACGGGUCCGCUGUUGAUACUGCGCGCGGAGCCAACGGUGACGAGUAUACUGAAGACACUGGACUCGGACUACAGCAAGAAUCAAGAGGCGCUGUUCGGCGUGUUGUGUCACAUGCAGAAGAGCUUUGAGCUGAUCCUAUGCGCCGCCGCCGCCACCGGAAAACUCUUAAGCUUUACGACAAAACUCAUUGAAUUCAAUGAGUUUAAUAAACAGGCCAUCGGAGAGGGCGGCAAAGCGUCGCAAACCCGAGCGCUGCUGUUUGAUAUCACUUUCCUCAUACUGUGCACAAUAGCCCAACACUACGGCACAGACAUCAUCACAAUGAACGCCGAGACAAAGGACUCGUUCUUCGCCACGUGGUGUGCGAACAAUCUGACCGAAGGCGGCACCAAAUACCGCUGUCCCGACUCACUGCUCGCCCACUGCGACGCCAACAAAGUGGAUGUCCUCUUGAAUCAGUUCACGUCCACUGACGGCGAGUUCCGCACAUCGCUCGUGAAGUGGCACGAGGUGUGUGUGAACGCCCCGCAGGCCAUCAAAGAGAUACUGCUUGCCUGGGAGUACGACUCCAUCAGCACAGACAGCGUUAAAGUCAUUUUGGAUAACGUCAAGAGUAAGAUGUGUUCACUACCGGUGGUGAUCGGCGCCUGGCUUUGCUCUUAUAUCAAUAUUCUGCACCAGAAGGAGCGCCUGAAGCCCAUGAAUAUGUUGCAACAGUUCACCUCUCCGCUGACUAAUGAGGCCAACACUAGUUUUGGUGGCGGCGGUGCCGGUGGUAACACUCCCAGCGAUGCCGAUAGGGGACAGCCGGCGCCCACAGGCGGUGCGGCGGCCGCCGCUGCCGAUCAGCCCAAUACUUAUUACAAGGAGAGGUCGACUCUAAUGGCGAAUAUCAUUAAGAAAAUGUUUUACGAUUUGCAUCCACGACAGCAAAGCAAGAAUAAGACAACGAUAUCGACAUUUUCCAGCGGUUUGACGGUUAAGACACCGCUCUCGGAGCUAAUGGAGUCGAGUUUCGCCGCAGCGCACGAACACUCGUGGCUCGACCUCAAGACUAUCUACAAUAUGGACACAUUGUUAUGCAUCGGUGGCCCGCAAUGGUUCACCGAUACACUGAUCCGACAGGUGCUCAAGUUUGAACACUCGGAGGACCUGAACCGUGCCAUUGAUCUGGUGUUCGGUCUGUUCCAUAUGGACAUUGAACAGUGCGCUCUGGCGCUUGUGUCCAACAUUUUGCCCAAUUAUCUGCUCAAUGAGAGUAAACAGGAGUUCCUGUCGGAGCCGAAAGCGUCGGCACUCAUACGGCUAACAGUGAUGACGAUUUACGUGGCGCUCAACGAAGUGGACAGCGGCCGCAAAUCGCGUCAACCCAAACGCAUGGGCCGUAAGCGCCACUACUGUCAAGAGAUGACCGCCGAUUGCGAACCAAUGGACACCGACUUCAAGAUGUCGGGACCGAAUCGAGCGGCGAAGUCGAUGCGCUCCGAUGUGUUGGAUUCGGAUCUGUUGGACAACACGCCCGUCUCGUUCGACUCCGGCAGUGGCAGCGGUGGCAGUGAUGACGACCACAGGGCGGCCGCGCGUCAGUAUCUCCUACAAGAGCCCAUCUAUAAGGCUAUCGUAGAACUGCUUCGACUGUUGACACUUAUCGCCGCCGACUCGACAAUAAGUCAGCGAACAUUAGUGCCGAUCCUAUUCUUGGAGCAACUGAUCCUAUGUGUCAAAGAGGACUCGCAUCGUAUACUACAACUCAUGCCAAUGAAUCUGAUCGCGUGUCUCAUCAAAACCAUACCGGAAGCGCUAUCUAUGGAGUUCUUGUUGGCCGUCAGCGACGUGCAGACCGUGCGCUCGCGUAAGAUAACGGCCCGAAUGCUGUGCCAAUUGGCCAAAGCCAAGGCACAGAUCACCCAAUUUUGA